GUCACCUAACUCACGCGACACUUUUACUUGUGGCGCUCUGUUGGAAAACGGGGCGCCGCUUUCCAUAUUGGUUUAGCGAAAGCAUGCAGCUGACAGAGUCCCGGACGGCAGGUGCCGACAUUCGGUGCCGUCGUCCGGACCGGCGUAAUGGAACGUCAACAUCUUCCGGGGCUGGUAGUCAGGCAACUCUUUCGAUGCACCGAGCCCUCUUCAUACUCUCCACAUGCAUAGCUUCUUCAAUGGCCCUGCCAUCGCAUGCGCAAUCCCGUGGCCGAAUUCACCUCGAGGUGGGAAAAGUACUGGUACCUGAGGACAAGGAGCGAGAUGGAAUCUUGCUCUCGCUGACCUCGCGCAAGCUGCAAAGCUUCGGCCACAAGUGCAUAGAUGACGAAUGUGGGCCUAAAGCCUCAGAGAAGGCCUGGUCCCAGGGCGCAGGUCCAGACAAAGCGGAUCCUGCGCCCAGCUUCUUCCAGGUGGACCAGGCCAUGCAGGGCACCAGUGCAGUCAAGGGCACCGACGAGGAAAUCGCGGAAGGCGCCGAGGUCCAAGCCCAACACUCAAUGCCGGAAGUUUCUCCAGAAGACUCGGAUGCUGUGGAGGAAGGGGAGGCUUUGCACGCUCUUCCCCCCACGGGAGACGGAAUUGUCCGUAACGCCUCGCUGCUUCAGCUGAAUCCUGGGAGAAUCUCUCCGGCUUCGACGCCAGCACCAGAUGACAAGGAGGUCCUGGCCGCCAUGCAGGAGGCAGUGGCAACACUGGAGGCGCAGAACCGCAAGCCCUCGCGCAAUGAUUCCGCAGUUGACACAGUCGUGGCUGCCCUAAGUGCCGAUGAUGGCCGCCCAACUGCGGAGACACCUCCUGUGGAGGAUCCGGUUGUCAAAGCUCUGGAGGAUGGCGUAGGCGCGCAGGAUCCCACUUUCAACGAGAAUCGCUCGCGCAGCAACGGACAGGUGGCUCCGGAGGAUCCCGUCCUGGCAGCUCUGAAGGACAACAUCGGUGCCAAAGACCCCACUUUGAAUGUCAGUGCACCCGCCAAGCCAGCACUCGAAGAGCAGGCAGCCACACCACCUCCCGCUGAUGCAAAGAGGUUCGUGGAGCAGAUUCCGCCACAGGUCCUCGCAGCAGGCUCCCAUGCAGAGCACAACUUCUGGUCCACUCGCUCAAAGGCGCUGGCUGCAGCCGUCGGCUUUGUGGCAGCAACUUGGUUAGCAGUCAUCUGCCUCGCUACGGGCUUCUGGAUGGCUGUGACGACGAGAUGGAGAUGCGAAAGCAAAGGCAACGUGCGCUCGGCCGUGGAGGCUCUAAAGAGAUGCUCGGCCACCGAUGUGGAGAAGCUGACGCCCUCGCAGGGAGGAUAUGACUGCAACUUCUCAAAGCCCAUCAGCUCCAAGCGAGUUGUGCGCUUGGAAGCGCGAGUGGAGGGAGCGGAGCAAGGUGAACCACUGACAGCUCCACUCACAGGGCACAGCUGUGUCCUGCAUUCUGCCGCCGUGUCGAAGCAACUCCAUGAUGGAAUGCCAGCUGUGCCCAUUGCAUUCUCAGCGUCCAGCGUGGAUUUCGUGGUGAGUCUCCUGGACGAUCCAAGCUCACGCAUUGUGGUGCGUGGGUGUGACGUGUCCCUCUUCGACACCGCGCAGGGGCGCUGCGAGGAGCAGACAACCUUCGGUGCUUCGCCAGACAACUGGCAGGAUUUCGUUCUAACGCACCGUUCUGCAGCACCACAAGGCCAUGAAUGGGCUGCAAGCUCCUCUCUCC